CUCCGUCUAAUGUAACAUUAAAAUCACUUAGCUUUUCUCUCUCUCCUUUUUUUUACCAUUUAUUUUUAAUUCCUUGAAAACAUUUUUAUAUGGCCAAAGAAGGUCAAGCUGUCCAAGUAGCACUUCGUAUUCGACCCUUAACGGAUCGUGACAGAGCACAACCUCGAUUCGCCAAUCUUGCUAAUGACGACGUACUCAAAGUUCAUGACAAGACUGUCCAAGUUGUGCCUCACAACAAGUACUUCUCGUUUGACCAUGUCUUUGGGAGUACGAGUUCACAAGAUGAUAUAUUCAAGACAGUUGGAGACAACCUAAUACACAAGUUUGUCGAAGGAUACAACAUUACAAUUCUUGCUUAUGGACAAACGUCUUCUGGUAAGACGUAUACGAUGGGUACAGCUGCAUCCAACCAAAAUGAUGGCAUUAUCCCUCGUUCAAUGUCUUUGUUGUUUGAUCUUUUAUCGCAGACCGAUACCCGCCCAGCAUCUCCGGCUCUUUCUGUCUCUUCUUCGACCUCUACCAGUCGACUAAGAAGUAGCAAAUCAUCCACCAUCAGCACAGCCAAGCAUUCAUUUCUCUCUCACCCACCCAACCAUCGACCGACUCAUCGAUAUACAGUGACAGUAUCAUUUAUUGAAAUAUACAACGAAGACUUGCAUGACCUGCUGAACUCGUCCCCACCUGAAGAAUCACCGCCGAUCACAAUUCGAGAGGAUACCAAGGGCAAUAUCUAUUGGACAGGUGUAAAGGAAGUAGAGGUUCAGAGUAUGGAUGACGUGUUGCAUUAUCUCGAGCAAGGUGCCCAAAAUAGAGCAACUGGUGCAACCGACAUGAACGAAAAAUCAUCACGCUCGCACGCUAUCUUUUCAGUCACGCUCAGACAAGAGAAAUCUGUGGGCCAGUCUGUACGUAAACCGACCCAGAGUCGGCCAAACAGUUCACUGAGCAAUUAUACCAGAGCAUCACAUACCCCUAAAACUGACGAAGGCGAAUGGAUCAUUACAACCUCCAAGUUUCAUUUUGUUGAUCUAGCAGGAAGCGAGAGACUUAAGCGUACCGCAGCAGAAGGAGGACGACGAAAGGAAGGUAUUAAUAUCAAUGCAGGAUUAUUAGCCCUUGGCAACGUCAUUUCGGCACUAGCAGGCGAUAAGAAAAAGACUCAUGUACCUUACCGCGACUCAAAGUUGACACGACUUCUCCAGGAUUCGCUUGGAGGCAACUCGACAACAUUGAUGAUUGCAUGCGUCAGUCCUGCAGAGUAUAAUCUGGCCGAGACGAUCAAUACACUUCAAUACGCUAGCAGAGCACGAAGCAUUAAGAACCGGCAAGCUCAAGCACGAACUUAA